UUUUUCUUUUUUUUUUUUCGCUCGUGCUCAUCUCAUGCGAGCCAGCCUCGUCAGCUCAGGGGCGCGUGCCAGAUCCGAAGCGGAGGGGACAGCUCCCAGGUGCUGAAAUUGGUCGGCGCUCCAAAGAGAGAGAGAGAGAGAGAGAGAGAGAGAGAGAGAGAGACAGAGGAGGGUUAAAGAAGAUCAACGCCUGCAUUAGACACAAAUAUUUAAAAACCGUAUUCUGCAAAACAGGGGGCAGACACAGAUAGAACCGAGGCCUUCAAUACAGAUGGCUGCCACUCAGGAUGUGAAAGGGAAGGGAGAGGGAGGGGACCAAAACUUCGACUACAUGUUCAAGCUGCUGAUCAUCGGCAACAGCAGCGUGGGCAAAACGUCUUUCCUGUUCCGCUACGCUGAUGACGCCUUCACCUCGGCCUUCGUCAGCACAGUGGGCAUCGACUUCAAAGUGAAGACUGUGUACAAGAACGACAAGAGGAUCAAACUGCAGAUCUGGGACACAGCAGGCCAGGAGCGAUACAGGACCAUCACCACCGCCUACUACCGUGGGGCUAUGGGCUUCAUUCUCAUGUACGACAUCACCAACGAGGAGUCCUUCGGCGCCGUGCAGGACUGGUCGACCCAGAUAAAAACCUACUCGUGGGAUAAUGCACAGGUGGUGCUGGCUGGGAAUAAAUGUGAUAUGGAAGAGGAGAGAGUGGUCUCGGUGGAUAGUGGCAGACUGCUGGCAGAACAGUUGGGUUUUGAGUUCUUUGAGACAAGCGCCAAGGACAACAUCAACGUGAAGCAGACCUUUGAACGCCUCGUCGACCUAAUUUGCGACAAGAUGUCCGAGAGCCUGGACACUGAUCCGGCAGUCACCACGGGAGCCCCCACCGCCAAACUCACAGACAGCGCCCCGCCCCUCCAGCAGCCCGGAUGCAACUGUUAGUGACGGACGUCGGGAAGCAAAGGGAGGGCAGCACAGCUUCCUGUAAGGUGGUAGAGUGUGCAGAGUUUUGUUCUCCCUCAGCGUUGUCACUCAUGCUAGUGCUGCUUUCUCUGGACUACAGUUCAAACCCUGUUUAGUAGUAGAAAUACAAAAAUGCUGUCGUAUUAUCUCUCAACUUUAUCACCUUAUAUCAAGAGCAAAUAACCAGACAAACAGACAUGGCUAUUGUAAAAUGUGUAACAUUACAGGAUAUCUAGAAUAUAGAGACACCAUAUUGUCAAUCUAUGGCAAGUUAGCAUGGUUAUAAACCAAGUAUGUUUGAUAAGGCUGGAAAUAGUCCAUAGUCAUACUGUACAGUUAAUCCCGAAAACCUUUAAAAUCUUUAAGACCUAUAAUGAUUAUAAAAUGAGGGAUAGCGUCAAUGAGUGCUUUAUAAUUCUUUUAUUUUAAUUUUUUGUACAGUAUUUUUUUUUUUUUAUAGGUUUAUUCUGUCUCCUAAAGCUGCCAGAUCUAUGAUUUAGUGUGCUAUAGGAUGUAGCGGAUUUCUUUUGUGUAAUGAGCGUAUGGUGCUGUAAGUGAGUGUGGGUUUGCAUGAGUGUGAGUGUCAUGUCUGAGUCACAAAUGAGUGAAACUUUGUCAUCUAAAAAAAAUCAUCUACCUUGGAUAAAAAAGUGGCCUUUUAGCAUCUCCAACACGGCCUCUGUAAGUCCCUCUGUUACUUUUUGGAAUGAAUCCAGUGUGUAUAAUGUCGAUGUGAGUACUAUUCCUCGUUUUGCUGUCCGUAGAUGUGUGAUUUCUCUGAUAAGUGAAGCAACUCUUUCUGUGUGCUUAACCUCUAAGAUGACCCUUUAUAGUUUGAUGCGAUGAGCAUGCUGCCAAAAAGCCAAUCAUAUGUGCUGUUUUAUCUAAAGAUAAGGCCUUACCCCAAAAACCUAACCAUCCUCGACUCCACGUGAUAGCAACGACCCCGCAUUUCAUCAAAUAAAAAUCUCAUACUGACAAGACACAGUACAGUGUACGAUAUACAAAUCAGCUCUGGCAUGGAAUAAACAGCCAUAUAGAAAAAGUAUUAUUUCGUUUUUGAGUCAGCAUGCUUCAUGUUUGUGCUAUAAAAUUAAGUCCCUCCUGAAAGAAAGAAAGAUCUCAGUAAGCUGCUUAGAAAACAUCAUACAGACACAGUGGUUUAAAAUGGAAAGCAGGCAUAUACAGUACUGUAGUGGUCUUAAUAACUUAAGUCCAUAUAGUAGUAAAAGUUGUAGCUCAUUUUAAAAUCCAGAAAGCCUCACAGUUCUGCAAUUCAUUGAAAAAAAAAUGUGCCAAAACAUUACAGUUCUUUUAGCAUCGUCAGUUGUUUGUUGCAUAGUUGAGUAAAAGCUCCAAAAAAUUGCAUGAAAUCAGUCCUGACUUGUCUAUGUAGAUUUAUAUGAUAAGAUAGUGUAUAUAUAUAUCACUCUAUGUUACAGAUUUAGGAGCAUUGUCAUAGCACUUGCUGUGAGAUGCAAUGGGCCAAUAAGUGCAAUAUUUUAUGAAUUAAACCCUGUACAUAGUUUCUCCUGUCCUCGAGUACAAUGACUCUGUCUGCAGUAUGUGAGUGACAGUGUGGUCAGAAUGGCUCUGAAACUGACGUACAGUCUCUUAAGAAAAGGAGUGUGUGCUUCACUCAGUAACUGCAGCCACUGAAUGUGCGACUUGAUGUGUGUGUGUGUGUGUGUGUGUGUGUGUGUGUGUGCGCGUGUGUGUGUCUGUGUACCCGCUAUACUGAAGAGACAAAUUACCUAAUAUAUUGUAUUGUUUGUGUAUACCUUUUGUACAAAUGUAUUCACGUACUAAAUGCUGUUCCUGCUAACUGUUGAGUGUUGGUUGAACUUGUAUUAUUAUGUCAAAAUGCAGUGUUGUUGUGAAAGAUAGUCAGGGAGAUAACUUAGUCCAUGCCAUAUGCCAUACUGAUGUAAUUCCAAAAAAUAGAAGGGAUACACAUAAACUAGUUCAGAGAUCCUGCGCAUAUGUGUGUACACGUGCUUUGUGCGUGUGCAUCUGUGUAUGUGUGAUGAUAUUAUUAAUUUUACGCUAAUAGCCAUGAAAUAAAUUAUUGUAAUGACCUAAAGUCAAGAUUCAUUUCAUAGAGUAAUAGUUACUGUGGCUGUUCUACAGUCACUCUGGUCAAAUCUCAUUUUAGAACACUAUGACUUUACAUAUAACUGAAUAUAUUUGUUUCUUGGAGUGCAAGCAAAAUAAGAAGUAUGUUUUUGAGAUUAUAGGAAAUAAAUCAAAUUCUAUCA